ACCUCCCAUUGGCAGGUCAGAAAUGGUUUACCCUUACUGCAGGUGACUUUAGGUGAACAUUUCACCGCUAUAUGUCUACCGUAUCGAAUGUACAACAUUAUCUUUACACGGAGGAGGAGAAACAAGAUAUGCAGGUAUGAAGCGAGUACGGACCGAACAGAUUCAGUACGCCGUGACACAGUACCUGAAAAGGCGGCAGUAUGUAGACUCGGAGGGCAACUUGAAGAUUGCCAAGCUCUCGCAAACCGCCGAGGAGAUGGCUGCCAACCUCAAUGUCCAGACCGAAUCCAGUUGUGCUAACAUAGUCUCGGCCGCCCCGUGCCAGGCCGACCCUCAUCAGUAUGAGACCCAGUUCUGCAGGCUGCGCACUUUCCUCCUAGAGGCGGAGGUGUCAUGGGGUCAGGAGGUGAGCCGGGUGCUCUACCCGCUGUUCCUCUUCCUGCACCUGGACAUGGCGCGCUGUGGUCUCCGGGCGGCGGCCGACGGCUUCUACAGCCGCUUCCACGGCCUCUUCCUGCAGGACGCCGAGCAGAGGGCCACUGUGGAGCUGCUCAAGGGCGUGCUGACCGCGCAGGACGUGGCGGCCCACCCCAAGCUGUGCGCUCUCCUGGAGCACAAGUACGUGGUGCACCUGUCGGACGCGGCCUACAGCUACCUGCUGCGCUACCUGCAGAGCGAUGACCACGGCGCCCUGUGCCGCGUGCUCAGCACCCACCUGCAGCUGGAGGUCACGCCCACGCCACGCACACACUACCAGCUCUACGGCAACAACGCCGCCAACAACACCUCUGCAUCCAACACCUCAGGCUCCACACCGGACGCGGCUGCUGAUGGGCUGGAGGACGCCGCAGGACGUCCGGUGGCGGCGCCUCAGAGCGAGGCGGCGCUCGAGGCGCUCCAGGAGUCGAUCCGGCGCGUGCGGGACGGUCCACCCUCGCUGACCACUGUCUGCUUCUACGCCUUCCGCCACACGGAGCGGCAGCUCAAUGCCGCCGAGGUGUCGGCCGACAGCCGCCUGCUGGCCGCCGCCUUCGACAGCUCUGCUGUCAAGCUGUGGAGCCUCCGCGCGCGCAAGCUCAAGGCCGGACCGCACCGUGCCGACGUCAGCAAGGUCCGGCUCGCCUGCGACCUGCUGGAGGAGGAGGCAGAUGAUGAGGACGCAUCGGGCAGCGAGAUGCGGACGCUACGCGGACACUGCGGGCCGGUCUACCGCGCUGCCUUCCUGACGGACGGGCAGUCCGGCCGCGGUGGCGCUCCGGGCCCUGGCCAGGCGCUGCUCUCGUGCUCGGAGGACGCCACCGUGCGCCUGUGGGACCUGACCAGCUUCACGUGCGCCGCGCUCUACCGCGGCCACGCCUACCCGGUGUGGGACGUGUCGGCCAGCCCGUGCGGCCUCUACUUCGCCAGCGCCUCGGCCGACCGCACGGCGCGCCUCUGGACACCGUCGCGCGCCCACCCGCUGCGGCUGUACGCGGGUCACCUCGCCGACGUGGACUGCGCGCGCUUCCACCCCAACUCGGCCUACCUGGCCACGGGCUCGUCCGACAAGACGGUGCGGCUCUGGAGCGCCCAGCAGGGGUCGACGGUGCGCCUCUUCACGGGGCACCGCGGGCCCGUGCUGGCGCUGGCCUUCUCGCCGGACGGCCGCUACCUGGCGUCGGGCGGCGAGGACCAGCGGCUCCGGCUGUGGGACCUGGCGUCGGGCGGCCUGGUCAAAGAGCUUCGCGGGCACACGGACGCCGUCACGGGCCUCUCCUUCAGCCCGGACUCCAGCCUGGUGGCCUCGUCGUCGCUGGACAACUCGGUGCGCGUGUGGGACAUCCGGAACAGCCACAGCGGAGGCGGAGGAGGUAGCGCAGCGUCUGGGGGCACGGGGACAGGUGGAGGUGCGGGGGCCGGCGGGGCUGCGGUGGCCGCAGCUGCAGCAGCAGCGGACGGCUCGAGCAGCGAGCUAGUGGGCCUCUACACGGGCGACACCAGCAGCAUCCUCAACGUCCAGUUCAUGGCCUGCAACCUGCUGGUGGUGACGGGCACGGCUCAGGAGAAACAGGAGCUCUAGCGCCCCCUAGCGUCGGACUCGAAAGGAAAACAACGAGAAGAAACUAAUUGAGAGUAAGAGAGACAGGAAAUAGCCAAAUAUACGGGCACUCCUUCCACGAAUGAUGCAGCUAAUGUACGUCACUGGAGGACGAUUGUGGGGGAGGAUCGGACAUCGUUUGGUUUGUUUGUCUCUUAAAGCUUUCCCAUUGGAGGAGAAUGCGGGGAAAAGUAGUCCUGAAGUAAUGCUUGUUCCCCGGCCUUUUGCUGUCUGACCUGGGAUCAGUUGAGUCUGUCUACUGAGGGUGUGAAAAGGUUUUUCAGCUCCACCUGAUCCCAGGAUGGUGCCACCAGGGGGCAGCAUGUCCACUACGAGUCAGCAGUAGAAUGUCGGUGAUCUGUUUCCAUGGGAGUGACUACAGGCCAACAUUCAUCCCUCUCUCUCUCCCUCAACUCGAACACCUUUUCUGUUUUGUUUGUCUGUUUUGAUUUGUUUAUUUGUUUUAGUCAAAGAGGUCGUAGAAUGGUUGUUUUGCUUUUUGUCAGGGAAAGACAUCUAACUGACUCUUGUUUGAGGGUGAUAUGCCCCAGUUUUGUACUGACUGGUGCUCAGUUGUAUUAAGCCACUGUUUUCACUUCAGUUAUUUGUGAAAGGAAAACACAUCAAUCCUCCCUUGGUUCAAGUAGAGGUCAUCGCUGUAUUCUUUUGUUUUAUAUUUGCGGCGGCGGGGGGUUGUCAUUGUCUUUCAUUGAUAGCUGAUGGAAGUAGACUCUAUAGCUAUAACAUCAUCCCCUGAUCCUUUAAGCAAAUUGAAUAAUGAAGUUUAAGUUCAAGCUCAGCACUUAAGAUAUUACAAUGCGUAUAGUCGUUCAGCGCUCAUAAAGAUGGUGUGCCUUGAGGGGAGGAGGAGAGGGCCACUAUGGUCAUGUCUGAUGGACAGAUCUGUAUUUGGUCGUCAUAACGACUUGUACACAAUCCUACCGGCGGUAUUUCCUCAGAGGUGGGCACUGGUGUCUUUUCAUGACAAACAAAAACACUGUUAAUGUUCGCAGUGCAGCAAGAACGAGAUAUCGACUGUCUCUCUCGGAAGUCUAUACAGUUGCAUGUGUCCCAUUAUGUAGACACAUCAGGUCUCUUAUUUCUACAAGGAACCGAAAUGGUAGACACACCCUUCCCCGUCAAACUGUACAUGCCCGUCUGGUCGUCAUAGCGGUCUCUCCAGGCAUGGUAGAAAUUCACUGACUGAAACAAAACUAAAAAAAACUGUUUUGUUUGUUUGCAUUUCCGUCUGGGGAGGAGGGAGGUGCGAUAUGGAUCAAUGCUGGUAUUUAGUUUUGGGCCCACAACCCCGUCACCACCCCGCAGAUGUCACCUCAGCAGUGUUACCCAUGGGGAGACUGAGUCAGGAUGUCCCAGAAACCCCAUGAGAACUCUCCUUACUGUAUUACAAAAAGUGCAUUGCUCCUGUCAAUGUCUGUGUUGAUAACUGUAAAUAUAUAUUUUGUAAUAUGUCGUGUUUUUCUUUUUUUUUUUUUUGUGUGUGUUUUGAUUUCUGAUAAUUCUUUAUCUGGUUGUCAGGUGUAGAUAUCAGAUGUUAUUUUUACAGGUCUAAGCAGUGAUGCAUUUUCUCACUGGCAUAACAUGUACAAAAAUAAAACGA